CGUAAAUGAACACCCUUUCUUCCUUAGUAUAAAUUCAUCUCUCUAUAUUCUUUUAUCUUUGUCUUUCAUUGAUGUGAAUAUAAGUCUUUCAACUUGAGCCUUUUAUUCAGGUGGGCUCAUUGGAACCGCUGCAUUGUUACUGAUGGGAUCAUUACUUCUGUUCCUUAAUCGGAAGAGGUGUUUACCCACUUCCUCUCACAAUCCUGAUCUUUCUAACGUGGAGAAAUUCCUGCAAGAUUAUGUUCAUCAAAUGCCAUGUAGAUAUUCAUACUCUCAGCUGACGAAGAUCAGCAAUAACUUUGCACACAGAGUUGGGGAAGGAGGUUUUGGUGUAGUCUAUAAAGGGAAACUAUCUACUGGCGAUCUGGUGGCCGUAAAAAUACUUGAUCAGUCUAGGCACUCUGAGAACCAAUUCAUGAAUGAAGUAGCAACCAUCGGAAGGAUCCAUCAUGUCCAUUUGGUUCGCCUCAUGGGAUAUUGCUAUGAAGAACACAGAAACGCAUUGGUGUAUGAGUACAUGGAUAAUGGAUCUCUAGACAAGUUUAUAUUUGCAGGAAGAGAGAAGGAACAAAUCCUCAAUUGGGCACAGCUGGAUUCAAUUGCCUUAGGUGCAGCUCGUGGAAUCGCCUAUUUACACCAAGAUUGUGACAAUCGUAUCAUUCAUUUCGACAUAAAACCCCACAACAUAUUACUGGAUGAAGAGUUCACACCAAAGGUAGCUGAUUUCGGUCUGGCUAAAAUCUGUGGGAAGAAAAAGGAUCAUAUAUCAAUGACAGCAGCAAGAGGAACACCAGGAUAUGCUGCGCCAGAGGUUUGGAAUAGAAAUUUGGGACCUGUAACGGACAAGUCAGAUGUUUACAGUUUUGGAAUGGUAUUAUUGGAGAUGGUCGGAGGAAGAAAGAAUGUUGGUGUGCAGGUAAGCCGGUCCAGUCAAUUGUAUUUUCCGGAGUGGGCAUUCAAGUUGAUGGAGAAUGAGCAGUUGGAGAGGGUGUUGAGAGGAAGUGGUAAGGCAGAAAUAGAAUGUGAAGAGAAGGAGAAAGCUAUAAGGCUGGCCAAAGUAGGACUGUGGUGCAUUCAGUACAAUUCAAGAGAUCGACCGAGCAUGAGCAGAGUGGUUCAAAUGUUGGAAGGAAAUGGUGAUGAUAUAACCAAUCCUUCCCUGCCUUUCAAUUCAUCAAUUAGGGCUGCACCUUCAAUAGAUUCAAGUGAAGAGUCUUCUGUGUAGCCAACCAAGGGAAUCUCAUUCAAACCCUUCAUUCUGGUCGUUGGCACUAUUGCAAGGAAUGUGAGCAGAAGAGGGAUAUCACAAGACGGUUCAAGUAUUCGACCUC